AAACUGCAGUUCACGCGCAGCAGCACGAGCAUCCAUCCUGUCAGUGGGCGCGCGCGCGGAGAACCUGCGAUUCUGACGUUUAAUUAACGUUAAAUUGAAUGUUUUGACUAUUUUAACAGAUUUUAGCCUCUCUAUUAGUUUCACACCUGUAGUGAAUGUGUCUCCCGGCCGUGGUUUGGGCGGUGCUCGCCGCGUGCGCCUCAGCCAGCGUCCCCCUCAACUACAGACCCGUCAUCGGUGUUCUAGCUCAGGAGAACCUAGAAAGUGACACUCAUGCCCAAGGAUCCUCCUACAUAGCCGCUUCUUAUGUGAAGUAUUUGGAGUCGGCUGGUGCCCGGGUUGUGCCAAUAAGGAUAAAUGGCUCAGAAGAGGACUACACAAAAAUAUUCUAUGCAAUAAACGGGUUGUUGCUACCAGGUGGAGAUGUUGACCUUCAGAAAUCCCAGUUCAGUCGAGUGUCCAAGAUCUUCUAUGAACUGGCAAUUAAGGCCAACGAUGCAGCCGAUUAUUUCCCUAUAUGGGGAACUUGUCAGGGUUUUCAGCAGCUGACCGUUCUGACCAGCAGCAAAAACCUGCUGACUUUAACCAACACCAAGGCUGUGGCUUUACCACUCGUGUUUACCCAGGGAGCCCAGAACAGUCGCCUGUUUAAAAACUUUCCAAAGGACCUUCUUCUGGCUCUUUCAGAGGAGAACAUCACAUCUAACUUCCACAGCUGGAGCUUGUCUUUACAGAACUACACCCGCAAUGCCAAACUCAAACGCUUCUACAAAGUCCUGAGCACGAACUCUGACGGGAGGAAAGAGUUCAUUUCUACGAUGGAAGCUUACCGCUACCCGUUCUACGCGGUGCAGUGGCACCCGGAGAAGAGCCCGUUCGAGUGGGUGGACAAGCCCGGCAUGAUCCACUCCGUCUCCGCCGUCAGAGCGUCCUUCUACACCGCCAGCUUCUUCGUCUCGGAAGCUAUGAAGAACCAGCAUCGCUUCCCCUCGCCACAGGAGGAAGAGAAAGCUCUUAUAUAUAACUACACGCCUGUUUUUAAAGGCCUGGAUGCCAUCUUCAUGCAGAAUUACUACUUUGAUUAAGCACCGACAGCAUUAUUUCUGCGUUACAGUAUGAAUUAUUGCCAUAUUAAUAUGGGAAAAACAAACGUUUGUUCUGUUUCUUCCAGCGUUUUACAGCCAGGAUCAAAAAUAUUAUUUUUUUUAAGUUCAAAGUUAUUACUGUAAUUUUUACAUCUGUUUAAAGGCAGAAUUUAGAGUUGUGACAGGGGUUGCCAGAUUGUUUUUUAAUUCCUGUAGAUUACAGAUGAUUGUAGAGUGUAGCAUGUUUAAUACUUCACUGCGUCACUGAAUGUAGCAGUGCGACACGCUGUCUGUCUGCUUGUUGGAAUAAUGAAUAUUGUGAUUGUUUAGACAAUCUUCUGAAAAAUCUGCCUUUUAUUGCUGAGUAACUUUUUUCAACGUUUUUCUGUGCUGUAAUUAGUAUUGUGUUCUGCAGGAAAGUGGCGAUACAGGCAAUAUGUAUUACAGGGGAUACAGGAGUUAUAAUUUGAUAUAUAUAUAUAUGGAGAUAUAUGGAGGAGAUGUAUUGCAAUUGUUAUUUUUGUUUUAUAUGCAGGGUUCAUACAGUCAUGAAAAGUCAUGGAAUUUAAAAAUAGGCAUUUCCAGGCCUGGAUAAGUAAAAAAAAACAAAAAAAAAACAAUAAAGUUUAGGUAAAGUCAUGGAAAUUUGCAAUUCACAUAUGUGUGUUUCAAUUUAUCGACUGAGAAAAGCUAGUAAUAUAAUAUAAUAUAAUAUAAUUCAGUAAUUUAGCCCCAAACAAAGCAGCUCUCAGGAUCUGACACACAUUUUAUUAUGAUUAUUAAAGAUUGUGUCAUUAUUGCUUAAAAAAUAUAUAUUUUUCAUGUCAUUGUAGUUUUAGUUGUUUUUUUUUUUUUGUUUAAUCGUUCAUGUAUGCAUUGAUGCUUUAAAGAUCGUAUUGUCAUGAAAAUUUGCCUUAAAGACAUGGAAAAGUCAUGGAAAACAAAAAUUAUUGGUUAAAAAGUGUAUGAACCCUGUAUAAGGAAAACUGUUCUAGUAUACAAAUACCAUCAUGAUUUUAUUGUUAUUGUUAUUGUUAUUAUUAUUAUUAUUAUUAUUAUUAUUAUGUUAGCAGCAGGUUCCACAGAGCAGUGUAAACCCAUCAACAGUACAGAAUGAAAAAUUAACCAUUGAGUGUGUCAGCUCAUGCUUUGCAUGUUGAGUCCAAUAAUGACCCAUAUAAUACCUGAUAUAAUAUCAGAGGCCUUCGACCAAUAAUUGUUGAUGUAAAUCAUGCAUUAAACCAUAUCCUAGCAGUAGCCUGGGUUAUGUGCAGCGUGUAUUGUUCCAGUGCGAUCUACAGAAGGAAGAAUGUAUAGAUAUUAUAUAUAAAUAUAGUAUUCAGCACUGUUCGGUUCGUGUGAAAUUCUACAUACUCGUGUAUAAAUGUUUCUGUGGGUGAAAUCCAGUUCAGCGGAGGUUAAUUCUGACCGUUCUGCACUGGGACGUUUCAUUACUGUGUGUUAUUCUGGAUGCAUGCAUGUAAGAGUGGAAGAGUUUUAUUAAAAAUGAUCUAAUGUACCAAAA